AUGAUGAAAAUCAUUCCCAAUGCCUUUAACCUGGCUGUUGUCAUAUUCGUUGCCCUGGGCUCGACUGCUUGCUCCUAUGGAAUGGCAGUGAUUGGGGGCACCAUUGGCCAGCCGAGUUUCUUCAAAUCAAUGAGUCUUGCCAUGCAAGGGGAGGAUGGCUACUCGAGGACUGCCGAUUACAUCGGGGCCUUUAACGGGGUGAAUUGCGCGGGCUCCGCAAUCGGGGCACUUGCGAGCUCGUGGUUCGCAGACAAAUACAGCCGCAAGACAACCAUUCAGGGCGCAACCGUCGUUCUCUCUGUUGGAGCUGCUCUGUGCGCAGGGUCCGUGAACCUCGCCAUGUUUCUCAUUGGGCGUUUGAUCAAUGGGUUGGGGAUUGGAGCUCUCGUUACUGUUAUCCCAAUGUACCAGGCCGAAGUCUCGACUGCGGAGAGCCGGGGGCUCAUGGUUUCCAUGCACGGAGUCAUGUUCGCAAUGGGGUACUCGCUAUCCGGAUGGCUGAGCUUCGGCAUGCAUUUUAUUUCCGCCGGUGGAUCUACAUCGUCAUUUCCAUGGCGCUUCCCCAUCGCGUUCCAGAUGAUCCCAGCUCUUCUCCUUCUCGCCGGCUCACCGUGGCUCCCCAAUAGUCCGCGCUGGCUCGUCAUGCAGGACCGCCUCGACGAGGCUCUUGAGGUCGUCAAACGACUGCACCGCACAAAGGAAGACGCCAACGAUACCCUAUCCACAAGCGAGUUCCACCAGAUGAAGAAUCAGAUUGAGCUCAGCCGCCGCCAGCGCGAGAGCGAGAGCGAGAGUUCGAGGUUCCAGCUCGUCAAGACCGCAUCCAACAGAAAACGUGUCCUCAUCGCCUUCUUCAUGAUGUUUAACAACCAGUUUACGGGCAUCCUCGUACUCAACAACUAUCUUGUCAUCCUGUUCUCGGCACUCGGUCUCUCCGGGUACUGGCCCCUUCUCCUCUCUGCCAUAUAUGUCUUCCUGACCUUCCCGGGCAACAUCUUUUGCGGGCUCUACGUCGAGCGGUUUGGACGACGCACGUUUACCCUCAUCGGCCUGAUCGGCAUCAUCGUGGUCCUCAGCGUUGAGGCUGCGCUGCAAGCCGAGUACCUAGGAACCAACAACCGCACCGCGCAAAACGUCGCGGUGCUCUUCAUCUUCCUCGUUGCAACCCCCUUCUGGAGUUUCUUCCUCGACGCGACGCAAUUCAUCUACAUUGCCGAGAUCUUCCCCACGCAUAUCCGAAGCCAGGGGAUCGCCGUCGGGAUGGCUGGUUACUACCUGGCCGAUAUUAUCCUGCUGUGCGCGGGACCGACAGCCUUCAACAACCUGGGGUGGAAAUUUUUUCUCCUCUUCAUAUGCUACACAGCGUGUAAUGCGGUUUUUGUCUAUCUUUACUGUCCCGAGACGAAAGGGCGGAGCUUGGAGGAGAUCAAUGAGGUAUUUGGGGACGCUGUGGCGCGGGAUAGUGAUGCCGUUGGGGAGGAGACAAAAGUGGAGUACUAA